CUCGACCCAAAAGGCAUUCAUUCGGCAUAAAGUCGUUCGAAAGAAAUGUCUGAAAAACGCGUUUUUUUGCUCUUCUUUUCCGCCAUUUUUCACGCGUUUUCCGUCUCUUCCGUGCCUUUCGUCACAAAACGCGUUUCGCUCCACAAUCCCAUUGACAUCGACUUCGGCGGCUGGCGUCCCAUCCAAUCAGCGCCCGCCGCGCCCACAGACGCCCUCCUCGCCAGCGCCUCGCAGCCCGUCCCCCAGGAGGCGCCCUCCGCGCCGCUCGAGCGCCACUUCCUGACGGUUCCCGUCGCCGUCGAGACGGACGCCGAACACGUGUUGUCGGAAACAGAAAUCAAUCAAAUCCGCGAACACGUGAUCACAAACUGGAAACAGAAACCCGAGAAGAGCGAGUCGUUCGGCGCUCACGUGCGACCGCUGGUCACGAAACUGCUGCCCAAACCGGAAGUGGAGCUCACGGUCGAGGAGACGGCGCCCGAGGGCUCUUCCGAGAGUCCCGACCGCAGCGGAGACGAGAACGAAUACACGUUCGUAAAAAUGGACAAAAACGCGGACUCUUCGGCCGCCGACGAGAACCUCUUCCACGCGUACUUCGCGCCCAAAGAGCACAUCCCUCCCGACGGCUACGUUCGACUGACGCGCCACGAGUUCAAGGCGUUGUUCAAGAACGCGGAAAUCCUAUUCAUUUGA